AUGAAUUCUGUUAAAGUAAAUACAAGUUCAAAAUCUUUUAAAGCUAUCAAUAGUGUUUUCACUAAAGAUGAUAUUAUUCCAAUUCAAAAAUUUAUAUCUUCCAACAAGUCGAAAAAGGCUGACAAUAAUGAUAAAACUACAACUACUACUAUAGAUUCAGAUCAGUCGGCAGGACCAAAGGAUAUUAUCACCCAUUUUGAUGCUGAUACUGGUAACAAUAACAAAAAUAAGACAACUACAGCUACAGAUGACGACAAUGAGAACAAAAAUGAGAACGAAGAGGAUGAGGAAAAGAAAAAUUACGAUAGUCCUGUUUGUUCAGAUAAUGAAGCUGAUAUUUUAUUUUCACCUUUAUUCGAUACAAAUGAUGAUAACGAAGAUGAAGAUGAAUUCGAUAAAGGUCUGUUAUCCCCUAUUUACUUCUCUUGUCAAUAUCCAAAACGUUUCCAUCACCAUCAUAAUAGUAGCACAACUGCUUCUUCAAAACUAUUAAAUGGUGUUACUCCAGUGAAUACCCUAAACCAAGACGCUGCUGUAACUUCAAACGACGAUAAGUCUCAGAAUGUCGAAAUGGUCUCCAAAAGCAAUGCUGGUUCCAAUACUGUUGUAACUUCCACAACUAUCAAUAACAAUAAAUCUAUAUCUGCAUCUCAAAUUGAAAAUGCCAACAAUGGUGUAUUCACAUUGUUUGGUGAAGAAAAUACACAUGAUAUUACAUCACCAAAAUCUUCAUCAAUCAAUCAUAAUUCUAUAACGAAUGAUUUCUGGAGAGAAGUCAAAACUUCAGAUGAUUUAUCAAUUGAUUAUAUGCCUGUUCAAACAAAUGACGAAUUAACUGAAAUUGCAAACAGUUCAAUUUCUACUAAUCCUUCAACUCCAAAGCAUACCCCAAUUGAAGAAUUCAUCACUGAAGAUUUAAAACAAUCUUUCACUUCUCACAUAGAAUCAAAUACUUCGAUUCUAGAUCCAAAUGAUGAUAAUUUAAAUUAUAAAAUUAAAUUAUUAUCUUAUAGAAAUUCUCAAGGUAAUUUAAACUUACCAAUUGCAUUAUCUAAUUCACAAAAGCAUAAAAUUGAUAAAAUAUCAAAAAAGAGGAAAAGGAAGAAUAAUUAUUUAAAAAAAAACGCCAUUAGGAGGAAAAGUGGUGUUUGGCAAAUGGUUUCAACCAAUAUCGGUAUUGGUGAAUUUAUGUUAUAA